GUGGUAUCUGCAUGCUGUCAUUCAUGGGUGGAACCAUAGAUCCGUCUCUCAAACCCCUGUAAGAGGCGCGUUUUAUUGUUCGUGGAUUCAAGGAAAAAAGGAUCUGUAUUAAAUUUUUUAACAUGUCCUACAUACCUGGACAACCUGUCACUGCUGUCGUGCAACGGAUUGAGAUCCAUAAACUACGCGAUGGAGACAAUUUAAUAUUAGGAUUUAGCAUUGGAGGGGGAAUUGAUCAAGAUCCAAGUCAGAAUCCAUUCUCACAGGACAAGACCGACAAGGGCAUUUAUGUGACGAGGGUAUCAAAAGGAGGCCCAGCAGAUGUUGCCGGUCUCAUGAUGGGAGAUAAAAUAAUGCAGGUGAAUGGCUGGGAUAUGACCAUGGUGACACACGACCAAGCGCGGAAAAGACUAACAAAAAAGAAUGAAGAUGUCGUUCGGCUAUUGGUAACCAGAAAAUCCCUGGAGGAGGCAGUCAGACAGUCCAUGAUGAAACACUAAGAAGAACUUUGUAACACACAUUUAUAAAUGUCACAUGUCAAUCAUUCUUACACAGUAUGUAAAUCUCCAUAUAUACAUCAAUGCAAUCAAUCCAAAGAUUAAGAUGAUGUCAUUCCCAUUUAGCAUCUCAAACAAACUGGGUGAUUUUGUGGGUUUUUCCCUGUUUUUUGUAACCUGCUGGUGUCACUUUUUGUACACUUCACUCUUUCAUUCCAUGUCAUUCCAGGAUUGAUCUCGCAGUGCAUUAUUCAGUGUUGCAAUGAAAAUGAGGACAUUGGGUAUUUUUCUGAUCAUUCUCUGUCUUUUUCAUAGAUGAUAAGGGCUACAAGCAAUUAUUGCCUUCAGUUGUAUUUUUAAUGAUACUGAAUGAUUUCAGGUAAAACCAAGGAACCUGUUUAUUAACCACAGUAAAAGACCACUAAUAUUUCUUUUCUUUUGUUAUAGGAUGCUGUAUACGUCUAUACCUGUUUUUCUACUUGUUUGUGUGCUCAAGACUUGUUUGUUGUCUCUGGAAAAAGAUUUUAUGUUUUUUUCCAAGUGUGUUGAAUGAUGCUGUAGUACUACAUUAAUGACAUGAUCAUUUCCUGUAAUUGUCUCUAUUUGAAAGCUUUAUCAUUGCCACACAAUAACAUAAACUUGUACAUCAUGACCUUUACUGAUCCACCACUCCAAGGAAUGACUACACUGUCUGGUUAAUUGUCUUUACAAUCAACUGUAUAAUUGUUUUCCACUUUGAAUAAAUGAGUGAAUUUGA